UUGUGAUCCCGUCAUGGCGCGCUACGCCCGUGUCGCUCCUCUGGUCGCGUGUCUCUUGUUCGCCUGCGCGGUCGCCGAUGGACACCGUUGGCGGCGUCAAGCGGAUGACGCCAAGAAGGAAGAAUCUACCCAAGGGCUAGAUCUGUGCAAGGACAAGGACGCUGGCGAAUGGUUCCGGCUUCAGGCUGGCGAUGGCGACAGCUGUCGUGACGUCAUUCAAUGUACUGCCUCGGGAAUUCAAGCUAUUCGAUGCCCAGCUGGUCUAUUCUUUGAUAUUGAAAAACAAACAUGCGAUUGGAAAGAUGCGGUGAAGAACUGCAAACUAAAGAACAAAGAACGUAAAGUAAAGCCUCUCCUGUACACCGAAGAGCCUCUAUGCCAAGAUGGUUACUUAGCUUGCGGUGACAAAAACUGUGUUGAACGAGGGCUAUUCUGUAACGGCGAAAAAGACUGUCCCGAUGGGUCCGACGAGAACUCUUGUGACAUCGACAACGACCCUAACAGGGCGCCGCCUUGUGAUACUUCGCAGUGUGUUUUGCCCGACUGUUUCUGUUCUGAAGAUGGAACGGUCAUUCCCGGUGAUUUGCCUGCCAGAGAUGUUCCACAAAUGAUAACAAUUACUUUUGAUGACGCCAUCAACAACAACAAUAUUGAAUUAUACAAAGAAAUAUUCAAUGGAAAACGUAAAAAUCCGAAUGGUUGUGACAUCAAGGCCACAUUCUUUGUUUCACACAAAUACACGAACUACUCAGCCGUGCACGAGACCCACAGAAAGGGACACGAAAUUGCCGUUCAUUCAAUCACCCACAACGAUGAUGAACGAUUUUGGAGUAAUGCUACUGUUGAUGACUGGGGCAAGGAAAUGGCUGGCAUGAGAGUUAUUAUCGAAAAGUUCGCGAAUGUAACAGAUAAUAGCGUCGUAGGUGUCCGCGCCCCUUAUCUACGUGUCGGUGGUAACAACCAAUUUACAAUGAUGGAAGAACAAGCUUUUCUGUACGACAGUACUAUUACCGCACCUCUCUCUAACCCGCCUCUAUGGCCUUAUACCAUGUACUUCCGCAUGCCCCAUCGUUGUCACGGUAAUUUACAAAGCUGCCCAACAAGAAGUCACGCAGUUUGGGAGAUGGUUAUGAAUGAACUGGAUCGUCGUGAAGACCCCAAUAACGAUGAAUACUUACCCGGAUGUGCCAUGGUUGACUCUUGCUCAAACAUUCUUACCGGUGACCAGUUUUACAAUUUCUUAAAUCAUAACUUUGAUCGUCAUUAUGAUCAAAACAGAGCCCCUCUAGGUCUAUAUUUCCACGCAGCGUGGUUGAAAAAUAAUCCCGAAUUCCUAGAAGCGUUUUUGUACUGGAUUGACGAAAUUCUUCAAACUCACAAUGACGUAUAUUUUGUUACAAUGACACAAGUUAUUCAAUGGAUUCAAAACCCUCGUACUGUCACUGAGGCGAAGAACUUCGAGCCUUGGAGAGAAAAGUGUGCCGUAGAAGGCGUACAAGCCUGCUGGGUUCCCCAUUCAUGCAAACUUACCUCUAAGGAAGUUCCUGGAGAAACCAUUAAUCUCCAGACCUGUGUAAGGUGCCCAGUCAAUUACCCAUGGCUCAAUGACCCAACAGGUGAUGGUCAUUAUUAAAUGAGAUCUCGCACCUCGUAUGGUGCAAACUAGUUGUUAAAAUAAACUGCGAUUAUGAAUUGCAAAGACAUUAUAUUCGGGUUUAAAUAAAAUAAAUAACAACUAAAUAGGGUUGAAAUACUCGAUGAAUAUGUGUCCGUGUAAUUAUAAAAAAUGUACUGGGUCAUAAUCCCGUCUGUAGUAUAAGUACCUACCUAACUGUAUGUAAUAUAGAUUCACAUGAUAUUUAAUAGGUCUGUUUUAAAACUUUAUGU